AUGCUGAGCGCUUCCUUUAAUGAGAGGGCUUGCGGCGCCGCGGAGAUGGAAACCCCCUUUUAUGGACGAACAGGUGCACUUGAUGGCGCUUAUCACGGCAUGCCAGUGACAACAACACGAUUCGCGUCUUCAAAGUAUGGCAAGUGGUUUCCCUCCCUCUUAACAGUGCCGCAACGUAUUCUUAAGAGCAUCACCGAGGGAGACGGCAUCGACCGCAGCAUUCUCGAGUUUCUUUCCGUGGCGUGUGUGUACGAAGAGUUGCGCAGUCACCGAAGCGAUUCCACAGAUCAUGGUGCCCUACUUCGUGAUGUGCUGAAGUGGCACCGUGGGUCGCUUUGCGCGGGAUACAGCGGCUGUGCGGCCACUGAUGCUGAUGCCGGUGUGUUUCAGCCGUAUGUCCCCGCCUACAACGUACGUGUGCUGAAGGAUAGCCAGCCCGUUGCGUCUUACACUGCAGUGUCGCGGAGGGCUGUGACGCUCCUAGGUAAGGACCGGGCCGUGAACGACAUCCCUCUGGACCACCCAAGCUGCUCUGCACAGCACGCCGCUUUUGAGGUGCGGUUCGUGUACGCCAAUGCCGAGGAGCUGCAUCAGCGUGUGACCGCAUUGUUGCAGGACGGGUGUGUGGACUGGGGCUUGUCGGAGAGUGUCAGCAAGGUUUGUGCCCGCGUGCGUGAGAUGUUGGUGGAGCUGGGUGACGGCGAGGACGCAUGGCUGAUGGAGUUGCAGGUGGUGGAUCUCGGGUCUACCAACGGCACGCGUCUCAAUGGUGAGCUGCUGCGUCCCUUUGUUCCCGCGACUGUCAUCGAAAGCGACGUGCUGACAUUCGGCUUCUCGACGCGAAGCUAUGUCGUUGUGAGGCGGUGA